AUGUGCCUCCCUCUCUUUAUUCCAGAUGAACCCCCGUUUUCAUGCAAGACCCAAACACCACCAGACCGAGUCAAAUGAUUUGCUGAAGUUUUCAAACUAACCCAAGUGCACACACACACAUACACGUGUCAGGGCCUGAAACACAUCUGCAGCAGUAUAUUAGAGUUAUCUGACUGAGGACUGGAGCUCCAGACUGACAGACUUCAUCCAGCCUGGAUGGAUCAGAGGCUCCAGAGGACAUCGUCUCUAUUAAAGCUGGAUGUCUUGCUGCUGAGGCUGUUUUUGCAUUGACUUGUGCAAGGGUUGCAAUUACCAAACUGGAAUAAUGUCCUUGGAGUGGCUUGGAGGCUUGUUUGUGAUGCUCAUCCUGAGGCUCAGCUCUUGUGCUGGACAGAGCUAUGAACGCUGGGAAGCCGGAUCCUCAUGCUAUGGAGGCUUUGACCUCUACUUUGUGCUGGACAAGUCUGGAAGUGUGCAGCACCACUGGAAUGAGAUCUACUACUUUGUCGAUCACCUCGCACACAAGUUCAUCAGUCCACAGCUCCGCAUGUCCUUCAUCGUCUUUUCAACGGAGGGACGAAUUCUGAUGGAACUGACAGAAGACAGGGAUCAGAUUCGUGCCGGGCUGGAGGAACUUCAGCGAGUCUUACCAGGUGGAGAUACCUUCAUGCACAAAGGCUUUCAGAAGGCAAGUCAGCAGAUUUACUAUGGAACAGGUGACGGAUACCGCACGGCAAGCGUCAUCAUUGCUCUGACAGAUGGAGAACUGCGCGAGAAUGAAUUUGACUUGGCAGCCAGAGAGGCCGGCCGCUCGCGUCAGCUCGGAGCUUCUGUCUAUUGUGUCGGAGUGAAGGACUUUAAUGAAACCCAGCUGGCAACAAUAGCAGACAGCAAAGAUCACGUCUUCCCGGUUAAUGAUGGCUUUGAAGCGCUGCAAGGGGUCAUUGAUUCAAUUCUGAAGAGAUCCUGCAUAGAGAUUCUUGCCGUGGAGCCUUCCAGUAUUUGUGCCGGAGAAUCCUUUGAGGUGGUGGUUCGUGGAAACGGAUUUCUUCACGCCCGUGAUGUGAACCGAAUCCUCUGCAGCUUCCGAAUCAACAACACCCUCACCGUGAUGAAGAGGCCUCUGCUAGUGGAGGACACGUACCUGCUCUGCCCAGCGCCUGUACUGGAGGAGGAGGGAACGUCUGCCUCCCUCCAUGUCAGUAUGAACAACGGCCUGAGUUUUAUCUCCAGCUCUGUGACCAUCUCGACCGUUCGCUGUGUGAGUACAGAAAUCCCGCCGGACAGCAGUGUCAGACCCACAACCACAGUUACACUGGGCAGAGCCACUGCCUCCUCUAGCUCAGCUCCAUCUUCAGUCUGCCCUCUGAACACAACGGACGGGACAUUUUUGGCCAUCGCUCUGCUGAUCCUGCUGCUUCUGAUCGCUGUGGCGGCUCUCUGGUGGUUUUGGCCGCUCUGUUGCACUGUGAUCGUCCGUGAGCCGCCGCCACCCAUGAUGGAAGACGAUUCGGACGAAGAGGAUGAAGGCUACCCGAAGAAGAAGUGGCCGACGGUGGACGCCUCGUAUUACGGUGGGAGAGGAGUUGGUGGCAUCAAAAGGAUGGAGGUGCGCUGGGGAGAUAAGGGAUCCACUGAUGAAGGAGCCAAACUGGAGAAGGCUAAGAAUGCUCGGGUGAAGAUGCCAGAGGAAGAGUUUGAGUUUCCCACCACACGAACCCUAAACAACGGCAUGAGGAAACCCAUCCCGCAGAAGUGGUACUCUCCGAUCAAGGGAAAGCUUGACGCUCUGUGGGUUUGGCUCAGGAGAGGAUAUGAUCGUGUGUCUGUGAUGAGACCUCAGCCUGGAGAGAAGGGUCGCUGUAUGAAAUUGACCCGUGUCAAAUCCUGCCCGCCUCCUCGAUACCCGCAUUACAACAACCCGUCCAGUCCCAUCUACAGCCUGCCCCACAGCAGAUGCCCUCCUGUACCACAGGGCACACUCCCGCCCACCCCACGCUGCUCCGCCCACUCUCCAAACUUGACCCUGCCUCCUCUUCCAUUGACUCCACCCCCAGACUCCAUAACCCCGCCUCCUUACACUCCUCCUCCAACCAGAGCUCUUCCCCCUGCCUGUCUGAGCAUCAGUGUGACUCUGCCUCCACCCACAUCGCAUUUGUCUCCACCCCCUGAUGAGGGUCCACACACAAGAGCUCCGCCCCCUUCCCGCCCACCGCCACGCCCAGAUCCCGAUGAACCACACUACUACCAGGACUGAGUAGAGAUUUGCACAAGAAAAGCUGCUGCCGGCAAAAUCUAACACAACAUUUUCCAGCCAUUAGAAAGGAGCGAUUGUUACUGUUGGUAAUGCAACCCAGGCUCAUUCUGAGAACGUAGUCCCAGGGACGUUUCUGGAGACCGCGAAAUACUUAGCCUGGGGUACGUACGGCUGCAUUUCAUUUCUUUAAGCGAACGCUGCGGGGCGGUGUGACGCUGUUCCCUUCGGCGCUUGCCGGCCGGCCAGCCGGCCGCUCGCCUCCGUGUGGAGGGCUUUCCCGCUGGAACCAGUUUGUCCAGUUAGCUCUUCGUGUACUCUGGCGGACUCGAGGUGCAGAGAGGCGACGACGACCGGGUUCGAGUCCAGGGAAGAGCGGUUCCAGAAAUCAGGUAAGAAACCAAAAACAAAGCGAACAAGUUCGUCACAGGGUGAGAAUGUGGUCAAAAUCCGAAAACGUGGUAAAAAUCAGACGAGGGCUUUUCUUUUUCUGGACGGCUUUUGUGAACCGUCGUUGGUUGGGUGUAGGGACGGAGGAGGGUAGGUCAGCCCUCCGAUUGGCCGGUCGCACGGUCAAUCAUCCUGUCAUCCAGGCAGACAGGCGGAAGGUCGUUCGACAGCGGCCUCUAGCAGGUUUAUGCGAGAACGGCGCGGGAAAAAGCGCGCACAUCGGCCUCUCGCGGACUCGCGAAAACAAAAACUGCAAAAAUACGUACCUCCCGGGACGUAUUUCGCGGCCUCCAGAAACGUCCCCAGGACAACGUUCUCAGAAUGAGCCUGGGUUGUGAUAAUGGCUGCCGAUGGGAUUGUGACUGUGUUAUUGCACAUUUGAUUCUGAUUGGUCGAGAAACAUUUAAAGGUGUGUAUUUCCUUAAAUCGCAUGUGUAAGAGGCUUUUUAUGUUUUUUGACUUUGUUGACUUCAAUAUCAUCUUGCUUUUCUCUUUAAAAGGUUUUAGAUUAGCUCCGUCCACACCAAUAAUAACAUGUAAUAAUAACAUGGAGGAAUAAUAUUGUUUGAGAUUAAUAUAGUGGCGCAGUAGGUAGUGCUGUCGCCUCACAGCAAGAAGGUCGCUGGUUCGAGCCUCGGCUGGGUCAGUUGGCGUUUCUGGGUGGAGUUUGCAUGUUCUCCUUGCGUUCGCGUGGGUUUCCUCCGGGUGCUCCGGUUUCCCCCACAGUCCAAAGACAUGGAGUACAGGUGGAUUGGGUAGGCUAAAUUGUCCGUAGUGUAUGAGUGUGUAAAUAUGUGUGUAUGUGUUUCCCAGUGAUGGGUUGCAGCUGGAAGGGCAACAAAUGCUGGAUAAGUUGGCGGUUCAUUCCGCUGUGGCGACCCCAGAUUAAUAAAGGGACUAAGCGGAAAAGAAAAUGAAUGAAUAAACGAAUGAGAUUAAUAUACACAACCUGACAAAAGUGUUGUCGUUGAUCACAGUUGUAAGAGCAACAAAUAAUACCUUGACUUUUCUGAUCUGAUGAAUCAUCUGUUGAACUGCAUCCCAAUCAUCACAAACUCUGCAGAAGACCUACUGGAACCCGCAUGGACCCAAGAUUCUCACAGAAAUCAGUCAAGUUUGGUGAAGGAAAAAUCAUGGUUUGGGGUUACAUUCAGUAUGGGGGCGUGCGAGAGAUCUGCAGAGAGGACGGCAACAUCAACAGCCUGAGGUAUCAAGACAUUUGUGCUGCCCAUUACAUUACAAACCACAGGAGAGGGCAAAUUCUUCAGCAGGAUAGCGCUCCUUCUCAUACUUCAGCCUCCACAUCACAGCUCCUGAAAGAAAAGAAGGUCAAGCUGCUCCAGGAUUGGCCAGCCCAGUCACCAGACAUGAACAUUAUUGAGCAUGUCUUGGGUAAUAUGAAGAAGGAGGCAUUGAAGAUGAAUUCAAAGAGUCUUGAUGAACUCUGGGAGUCCUGCAAGAACGCUUUCUUCACCAUUCCAGAUGACUUUAUUAAUCAGUGAUUUGAGUCAUUGCAGAGAUGUAUGGAUGCAGUCCUCCAAGCUCAUGAUGGAGUCAGACACAAUAUUCAUUCUGUUUCCACUGCAGCAUGACUUUAUAUUCUAUACUGGACAUUAUUUCUGUUCAGUGACAAGACUUUUGUCUAAGCAAAGUCAGACCUUACUGUCCUAAUGAAAUCAUUAAAAAUCAAGGCAUGAUCAUAUUUUAUUUUAGUAAAAUAAGCAUAAUCUAGAGGCCUUUGCCUUUCAUAUAAGCCACUUCUGAUACCAAAUGUUGAACUAGAAGCCAAAUUAUUAUUUGUUGUUCCUAAAACUUGAAUAGGCGACAAGACUUUUGUCAGGUAGUGUAUGUGUAUAAAUAUACUGUACCAACCUUGAAAAUGAAAUUAUGCUAUUAUAUUAAAUAAUAAUCAGAUGCAAAAAAAGUCUUAAAAUUAUAAUAAUUCUAUUGCAAAUAAAAAAGGUAAUAAAAACCCAUCCUGCUUUAAAGAGUUUUAAAGUCACAGACUGCAAAACUAAAGCCCACUUACACUAUAAAGCCCAACAGUCAACUUUAUCAAAUGUUGAGUGUAGUUAACUCAAAAUUGACUGAAAGUUAAUUCUAGUCAUUUGAAAAGAGUUUUGAACUCCGUGUUGAAGGUAAUGAGUUAAUUGAAUACCUCAUUACUUCAAUUUAUAUGGAGUAAGUUCACAGUACUCAUAUAGAUUAGUUUAACUCAAAUGGUUUGCUGCAAUCGGUUUCCUCAAACGGUUUGAGUUGCCUUCACUUAUUGGGUUUUACAGUACUCAGUUGGUUUGAGUUCUCUUCAUUUAUUGGGUUUUACUGAGCUCAAAUUGCUUCAUUUACUCAAAUGGAGUAAGUUCACAGUAUUCAUUAGGAUUAAAUAUUGAACUUAAAUGGUUUGUUGCAAUCGUUUUCCCCAAAUGGUUUGAGUUACCUUAACUUAUUGGGUUUUACAGUGUACAAUAAACAAUGCAAAUAUGAUUAUUUUUGACCUCACAAAAUCAUUUCUACAGAAAGCAAAUAUUUGACUGCCUGGCGAGUACACAUACAUCAACAUUGAGUAACGAUGACAUAAUCAGAGUAAAUGAUAAUGGACUGUCGAAUUCUUGAGUUAAUUAAUGAACUAAUGUGUGUUAAUAUUUGACUAAUCUGUUGCAAAUUAUUCUUAAAAGCCAUAUUCUAAUGUCUACUGGCUUUACUGCUAGUCCAAAAUUACCUUGUAAAUUAUGUUUUAUUAGCAUCUUAGCUGUGCAGAAGGGAUUGAGCGAGAAGCAUCAGUAUUAAUGAUCCUGUGGUACUUGAGUGUAGUUAAGGUUCAGUUUUAAAGGGAUAGUUCAUCUAAAAAUAAAAAUAUAAUCAUUUUUUACCAUCUGAAGUGGCUCCAAAUCUUUGAGUUUCAUUUUUCUGUCUAACACUAAAGAAGAUACUUUGAAGAAUGUUAGAAACUUGUAAUCACCGACUUGCAUACAGUAGUAGGAAAAACAAAUACUAUAGAAGCCAAUGACUACGAGCUUCCAACAGUUUUCAAAAUAUCUUCUUUUGUAUGUGUCAGGUUUAAAACAAGAGAAGGGAGAGUAAAUGAUGGCAGAAUUUUCCAUUUUGGGUGAACUAUCCCUUUAAUGCAUUUUGAAUGCGUCAAGAAAAGAUCUGCAGGAUAAAACAUUCAAGCAAGAACAGACGGAAAAUUGACCAAAGCUGAACCCAAUGAAUGAAGCCAUAAAAUCCCCAGUGAAUUUCCCAUGCAGGAGUUCAGAAAAGCAGCUUUAAGUUGGUGUAAAAUAACUCUGCGUUAUCUAUAUUAGAAGAGAAACUGCUCUCUCCAUCUAACACAGGCAUGCGAGUUUAUGUGCUUGUUGACCUGCUGUUCCAGUCUUUAUAAGGUUUCUUCAGGUUAAGUUAACCCAGUGUAUUUUACCCAUAAACUAAAAACAGCUACAUUUACAGCCCAUUAGAAAUUCAUUAGGCUUCCAGAUCAGUCUACAAAGUGACGUGAUGACAGAGCAGACCAAUAAUAAAGGGAAUUAUACAACGUCUGGCCUGAAAUAGCAAUGCAGAUCACAUUUCUAACUGAACGCUUGACGAACGAUGCAGACUUUUAUUAUGUAUAUACAGAUACUUUGCAAAAAGCUGUGCUACGAAUAAACAUCCGUGAGUAAAAACGCUCACACUUUAUUUUGAUGGUCCAUUUAUUGAAUUAAGUUACAUUGCAUCUACAUGCCAACUAAUUCUCAUUAGAUUAUAAGUAGACUGUUCGGUGGGGGUUGGGGUUAGUGUAAGUUGACAUGUACUUGCUGAGUUUUAUAGUCAGUUAAAUGUCUGCUGAAGAAGCAGUAUCAUCAGAUAUUAAGCAGACAGUCUACUUAUACUCAAAUUGACCAUCAAAAUAAAGUGCUACCGUAAAAACUCAUGAGGAGCUUGAUGUAAAUGGUUUUUGAGCUGUUGUGAUGUUCGUACUUACAGGAAUUGCUGAAAAGUGAAAAUUGUGUCAUUUGCUCCCCCUCAUGUCAUGCUUUUUGUUCUGUUGUUCUUUCCUUUCAGUAUAUUUUGCUAAACAAAGUCAUACAAGUUUGAGACCGCUUAACAGUGUGUAAAUAAAUUUUCAUCUGCCUGGUUUUAUGUGCAUAAUUUGGAAUAAUCACAUUAAAAAUGCUUUAACAGAAAUACAAAGAUGCACAUACAUUUUGAAAAUGUGUCAGACCCCCUUUUUUAUGUUUAUUUUUUGUGGUUUUUCGUAAAAAACAUAAAAAUGACUGAUUUUGAGGUGGUAAUUCCCAGAAAUUUGUGGACAAUAUCUAAAUAAUUUACCAUAUUAGGUAACCUACUAUGUUAGGUGUGCAAUCUACAAUGACAAUAGCACAAUCAUAAAAGUAAAGCUUCUUUAUUUUGGUCUCUUGUCAAGACCAGAUCUAAAACAGCUCUAAAACAGUUAAGAUUAAGCCAAAAGAAGGUUGGAUAACUCUUAUUUUUAUUCACGAUUUUACUUUCUCUCAGAUUUCGCUUCCUGGAGCAUUUGACAUCAUGCACCUCACCCAGGACAUGCGUUUGGGCUUCCCCUACCGUAAUACACCUAAAACACUGACAAAGCAGCGUUUCCAGCACAUCGCAAAACAUCUGAAAUGUUGUUUUGCUCAUUCUGAAAUCCCUCAGCUGAAGUCUGUCAUCACAGCGCUUCAGUAUUAUUAAUAUUCGAUUGUUAUUUCCUCCAGAACUGUCUUGAGCAUCUAUCUGCGCUUGCAAAAAGCAUCUCACGCCUCCAAAAGCCACCGCAUUGCGUUUAUUGUGCUUCGUCAUCUUUUUUUGAUGCGCAAAGGCCAUCGGUUCACCGCUCUGCACCGAGUGCAAGAACACUAGAGCAUGUUAAAGCCGCGAAGAUCAGUCGAUUGCAGGUCUGUGUUUGCACUCAUUAAACAUUGGUAAAGUGCAGUGAACUGAUGACCUUCUCAGCCAAUCACAGUCAUUUCUGUUGAGCGCUGGUGAAUACUACGGCAAAUCAGUGGUGUUUAAGAACGCGCUCAACAGCGCUUCAAUGUUAGUGGGUAAUUGACAAUUUUUUAUAUAUUUCAGUACAGAGAUUCAGUAUCAUGACAAGUCUAAUAUAGUGAAAGAAUCCGUUUGAUAAAUGGCAUCUAAACCGUGUGUUUGGGAAAGAAAACAUUAGCUAAUUAGAGCCUUUUCCCUUAACUUAGCUGUAAAUGAGGUCUGAUAUCCCUUUAUAUUUUCACUAUUCAUUCAGAACGGACCUUCGGGUCACUCAGAAGGCGGUGAAAUGAUCAAUUUGUGUCACUUUCUUUUUGCUGAUAAGAAAUACAGCCAGGAAUACAACGUUCCUGUGAGCAUCAGGCGAUAGGGUUUCUUCCCACCACAGCCUCGAUUUCACUUUUAAAAAGGCAGCCUCAUGUCGGCGCAAUAACCUUGUGGUUAGCGCGCUGACAUAUGGUGCAGUAGCAUGUCAGGGCAUCCCAAGUUCGAAUCCCGGCUCGAGGACAUUUCCCUGCCCUACCUCCCUCUCUCUCUCUCCAACUUCACUUCCUGUCUAAAUACUGUCCUAUCUAAUAAAGGCAAAAAAUA